GAACCUGAUCUCUGGAGCACAGAGACAGAUGUAAUCUGGAAAGUUAUCUGGGCUCUCUUGGGCCACUCUGCCACAAGAAGCACACAUUUGUAUUGGCAGGACACAGGUUUUCUAGCGCUGGCCGGGUGUUUUAAUCUUUCUUCAAAAACCUUACCUUGCUGAAGAGUCUCCAUUCUGAAAAGGACAUGGUCUGCUCCACCUGCAUCGUGGGAGUCUGGAUUUUUCUUCUUCAUGGCCUCAUCACAGGUUACCCCAGGAAAAGAAGUUCUGAAUCAGAAGACAUCAGAAACUGUACAAUCACCCCUCCGCACUUGCCUCCUACAGUCACCAAUACGAGUGAGCGCCUGACCACCCUGCGGCUGCACAUGCAGUCUCACAACCUCUCUGCCUACAUCAUCCCUGCCACAGAUGCACACAUGAGUGAGUACAUUGGUGAACGGGACAAGAGGCUAUCCUGGAUGACAGGCUUCACAGGAUCAUCAGGGACCGGUGUGGUCACUUUGCAGAAGGCUGCCCUCUUCACUGACAGUCGCUACUGGACCCAAGCUGAGCGCCAAAUGGAUUGCAACUGGGAGCUGCAGAAAUCAGCCUGGAUCGACUCUAUUGGGCAGUGGAUUCUUCAAGAAAUUUCAGCUGGGGAGAGAAUUGGAUUGGAUCCCUUACUCUUUUCUAUUGAUAACUGGGAGCUCUACAACCAGGUCCUGGCGGGUUCAGAUAUUAUCCUCAUUCCCCUAGAGGACAACCUGGUGGACCAAGCAUGGGGGGCACAGAGACCUCCUCCUCCCACCAACACCAUCUACCAACUCCAUGACAACUUCGUUGGGAGCAGUUGGCAAGAGAAGAUUUCUGUUAUCCGGACUCAGAUGGAGAAUCAUGGCAGGAAGCCCACAGCAGUCCUGCUUUCUGGUCUCGAGGAAACCGCCUGGCUCUUCAAUCUUCGGGGAGAUGACAUCCCUUACACACCUGUCUUCUACGCUUACACACUUCUCACCAAGACAGAUAUCAGUCUGUUUGUGAAUCAGAGUCGUCUGAGCAAAGAGGCAUCCCAGUCACUGGUCUCUCAGUGCCCAGGGCUCCUGUGUGUGCAGUUGGAGGACUAUGAUCAAGCAAGGGCAAGUCUGAGAAAGUAUGCCCAGCAGGAUGGCGUUCGAAUCUGGAUUGGGACUGAAUAUACCACCCUAGGACUCUAUCGAGAAAUCCCCCUGGAAAAACUCUUGGCAACGGACUACUCUCCUGUCAUGCUCACCAAAGCAGUGAAGAACUCCAAGGAACAAGAGAUGCUGCGAGCUGCCCAUGUACGAGAUGCCAUUGCAGUGAUUCGGUACUUGGUCUGGCUGGAAAAGAAUGUUCCCACCGGUUCUGUGAAUGAAAUCUCUGGCGCCCGUUAUGUAGACCAAUUGCGUAGUGAAGAAGCCAACUGCAAGGGACCCAGCUUUGAGACAAUCUCCGCCACUGGUCUGAAUGCAGCUCUGGCCCAUUACAGCCCAUCCAAUGCUACCGCCCGAAAUCUGACUGUGAAUGAAAUGUACCUGCUGGACUCAGGGGGCCAAUAUUUAGAUGGAACAACAGACAUAACCCGGACUGUCCACUGGGGGGAGCCCACAGAUUUUCAGAAGGAAGCCUAUACCCGUGUGCUGAUGGGAAACAUUGACCUGUCCAGACUCGUCUUUCCACUCAGAACUUCAGGGAGAGUUGUGGAGGCCCUUGCUCGCCGAGCCUUAUGGGAAGUUGGACUCAACUAUGGCCAUGGCACCGGUCAUGGCAUUGGCAACUUUUUGUCUGUUCAUGAGUGGCCUGUGGGCUUUCAGGCCAACAAUGUGCCCUUGGAAAAAGGCAUGUUCACCUCCAUAGAGCCAGGUUAUUACCAGGAUGGUGAGUUUGGGAUCCGCUUGGAGGACAUUGCGGUUGUGGUAGAAGCAAAGACCAAGUACCAAAUAUCUGAAGAGCCUUUCCUGACCUUUGAGGUGGUGUCCCUAGUGCCCUACGAACGGAACCUCAUUGAUGUGAACCUCCUGUCCUCGGAUCAGAUUGAAUAUAUCAACAGGUAUUACGAGUCCAUCCGUGAGCACAUCGGCCGUGAGCUACAGAGACGCAACCUGGAUGAGGAAUACUUGUGGCUGGAGCAGAACACAGAGCCCCUUUCUCACACCAGCAUGCUGACAACAUCACUAAGUAGCCUGGCUAUAGGCAGCUUGACCUCUACUCUUCUGCCUAGGGUGUAGGGCUGUUUG